AUGUCUGUCGUCCAAGCCACUACUGCCGCCUCAAAGGUCGCUAGUCGCUUCAUCCCUCUCCUUGAUAGAGUCCUUGUGCAGAAACUUCGUGUCGAGUCGAAGACGGCGACUGGAGUGUUCUUGCCUGAAGCUGCUAAGCCCACGAUCAACCAGGCUGUUGUGAUGGCUGUGGGAAGCGGUAGAGUACUCAAUGAUGGCACCAAGAUUCCAAUCUCGGUCCAGCCUGGCGAUAAGGUUAUCAUUCCCGAGUUCGGCGGUAUGAAUUUGAAAUUGGACGGUGAAGACUUCCAGGUUUUCCGCGAUGACGAUAUUGUGGGUAAAAUCGUCUCCCCAACAGUAGCUGCCGACACCGAAGGGAGCUCGUGA